UUUGCACCAUAAAGUCCCCAUGAGACACCAGAAAUGUCAUUUGGUGGAGGAAUACUAUUUCAUCUAUUGCUUGUUUCACUAGUUCUCUUCCCAAAUCUGGGAAAUAUUUCUGUUCCUGGACGUCAGUAAUGAUUCAUGUAAAAGUUAUGAGUCGUUUUACCUUAAGUGAUACACUGAUGCGAAUGCUGGUUGUUUCAAUCUAUGGUCGAGAAAGAUAUGGACACCGCUAACAGGUUCAUUCAUUGUUCAAAAUGUCUUUGAUGUUCAUUUCAGUGUGUGAACCAUCCCUUUAAAUUGAACCCAUCGGGUAUAUGUCCAUAUUUGACCCAACCAUGAGUUAAAACAAUCCAGCAAAAAUUAGCUGUUGCUUUUCUAACGGGGAUUUGGUAAAGGUAAAGAUUCAGUGACACCGCAACAUGUGGAGGUGAACGUUUUAAAGAAUUAUAUUAAAAAUACAUAGUUAAAAAAAUACUUCCUAGAGAGGUGUAAAGUAGGCUAUAAUUCCACGUCAAACGAGGGAAAACACAUGGGAACCUCUUACCAGUAAGAGGAAACCACGAGUUUUAUCGGAAAUGUUUUCUUUCACUUUUGGCAUACAGUGUAUAUAUACACACCGUCUGACGAACGAUGGCAAACAUUCGACAUGCUGCAGCUGCACCUCUUGAUCAUUUUAAGCUUCGUAAGUGGAGCUUAUCUUUCGGUUAUUAUUGCACGAGGAGACACAUCUGUAGAGUUCGGUGGGGAUACAUCACUUUCCUGCGCCCUCUCGAACCCGUCCGGAGUCAAACAGGUGUCCUGGGAGCGAGUGCGCGCCGGUGAUGAUGCUGAAACUCUGGCUACGUUCAGCGAGCGCUACAAGGAUUAUGUGCACCAAGAAUAUGUCGGAAAAGUCACUAUCACGGCGUCAUUUAAUUCUUCGUCUAUUGUGAUCAAAAACGUAACAUUUGAGGACGAGGCCUGCUACAUUUGUUCCUUCAAAUUGUAUCCAUCAGGACCUAAACGGGAAACAUUGUGCCUCACCGUUAAAGGUAUAUCGGAAAUUACAGCAUCAGUCAACCCUGCAUCUGGUUCUGAUUCAGAUGUAACAGUCUCAUGUUUAGCCAAGGGGAAACCCACACCGAUACUCCAGUGGAAAUCCACAGAGAAAGACCAAACCCUCCAUCUCUCUGGGUCAAAUAACAUAAUGAUCAACAGUGACGGUUCAAACACUACUACAAGUUACCUCAAACUACCAAUAUCACAGUUUCAUGGGAAAAGUGUUGAAUGUGUGGCGCAGAGUGACAAUGUGGAGAAAAGCUACCAGAUCUCCUUGUCUGGAAAAAAUGAUGAAGUGACCAAUAAUACAUCAAGGCGCUAUAUCACUACAGUUUUGGUCCUCGUUUUCAUGCUUAUUAUAAUUUUUGUAAUUACUCUCAUCUGUCUUUACAAGAGACUACAUGGAACCACUUUAAGGAAGAUAUCUCUUUCUGUGGAUUCACUUCAGAAACCAGUUGUAAUAGAAUGUUGCUUGGAAUGUUAACUCAUACCUCAAAAUAUGCAUUUGCAGUCAUUUAUUUUUUUGCUAUUUAUAGUAAAUAACUGUGUUAUUUUAUCAUUUUAUUAUCUUGAAGUAUUUUAUUAUUAUAUUGAUUUAUUUAUUUAAAGUCUCAUUUUCAUUACUUUGUUUAUCUGAAUGAAGCACUUUUUACACUAUUUUAAUAUGUUGGAUCAUGACUCAAAAACACCAUGCUCACAUUGCACUUGCACUUUAAGAUCCUUAAGUUUUAUUAUAUGUCUCAUUCCUUUUAGCUUUUACUAUUUAUUUAUUGUUUACAACACUAUUUCACUUUUAUAAAACACACACAAACUAUCCAUUUGUCUUGUUGUGUUACUGUGUUUUUCCCCAUCCCGAUGCCAUGUCUCCUAUAGUGAGCAAUGAAUGUGUUGUUUUGUUUCUGAAUAGAAAUUAUUUGCUUGUAACAUAUUUUGAACAUGUUUAGCAAUUGAUACAUUACGUAUCCAUAAAAUCAGCAUGGUCAAUUCAAACAGGGCAGCAAGCUGAUAGCUUCGAAUCUCUUAGAUGCUGCAUGUAGUAUGUUUUGUCAAGAGACACAUAAAAACCAUUCACAUUUGAAGUUAUUGUUGUGCUAUUAUAGUUGAAUGUAUUACACUGAUGUACAUGUUUUCAGGGCAAAGUAUUGAGAGCUAAAUAUAAGAAAUGUUUAUGGUUCCUUGAACAAUCAUGAAAAACAUUCCAUAAAAAUAAAGAUCUGUAAAGCUUAUUUGAAUGUUGUGCUCUUUAAAAUACCAUAAACAAAGGACAUUGCUAAGUAUACAAACAGAAAAAGCCUUGAAAUACAGUAGUAAUGUGUAAAAGUGAAAGAUGUGGUUUAUUUCUUCAGGUAAUUCUUACAUCCGGUCAGAUCAGUGAUUAAUGCUAUUAAUAUCUGUAUCAUGUCUACUGUUUAUGCCUAAAUGCAAGAAGAAUGCAUGACAUUGUGUCUAGGUUAUUUUUGUAUUUUGU